AUGACAGACUCUUUCAAAGAUAAAAUAGGUAAAGGUGGAUAUGGAACCGUGUACAAAGGCAGGCUACCAGAUGGCCUUCUCGUGGCGGUCAAAGUCCUAAGCGAGUCCAAGGGUAAUGGAGAAGCCUUUAUUAAUGAAGUUGAUAGCAUUGGUAGAACCUCCCAUGUCAACAUAGUCAUUCUUUAUGGAUUCUGUUACGAGAGGGACAAAACAGCUUUGAUUUAUGAGUUCAUGCCUAAUGGAUCUCUGGAUAAUUUCAUACAUAAGCAUGGAUCUGAAAUGAAAACACUAUCUGAAAUUGCAGUUGGCACUGCUCGGGGACUAGAAUACUUACACCGUGGUUGUAACACGAGAAUUCUGCAUUUUGACAUAAAGCCCCAGAACAUUCUGUUGGAUAAAGAUUUUUGCCCCAAGAUUGCUGAUUUUGGCCUUGCCAAACUAUGCAAAACGAAGGAGACACCAGAAGUGUUUAGUCGGAACUUUGGAGGAGUAUCUCACAAAUCUGAUGUUUACAGCUACGGGAUGUUGGUUCUUGAAAUGGUUGGAGCAAAAAAGAAUUUGGAUUCAGGAGUGUCUCAUACGAGUGAAAUGUUUCCACAUUAUGUUUAUAAAGAUCUAGAGCUAGACAAGGAUGAAAAUAUACUUGGGAAUCCGGAUAUAUCUGAGGAGGAAAAAGAAAUAGCAAGAAAGAUGAUAUUAAUAAGUCUCUGGUGCAUUCAGACCAUUCCUUCUGAUCGGCCAUCAAUGAGCAAAGUCAUAGAGAUGUUGGAAGGACCCCUUCAUUCCUUGCAAAUUGCACCCAAGCCUUUCUUGUUUUCUCCUACAAUAGCUGCAGAAGACUAUGUGACCACAUCCCAACCAUCCGAAAUGGACUAA